AUGGAGAAUAAGGAGGCAGAGCUUACCCCCGGGGGCAAUGGCUUUAUACCUCUCGUUACAGUUGUCGGAUUUCACCAUGCUAGAGGCCCAGAGGUAGAAGACUGGUUCGGAGCUGAGGAGGGAGUAGAUCCAGCUGCCGACUAUGAUUGGCCUUUGCUGCCGUUCAUGGCAUUGAGUGAUGGAGCGCAUGCGUCGUCUGAAGAUUUCUCCUAUUUCACCCUCCUUCGCCCCGCGCGCGGCUCCUUACCUGCAACUUCCCUCUUCGGCAUCUCGUGUACGCGACAGAUGGACGCUUCUCUCCUCCUCAAUAGACCCGCAGAUGUUACACGAUCCACGGUCCAAAAGGCAGUUGUGGUGAUAGCUGACUCGCCUCAAUUCUUUGGCAUGUUGAGGGAACGGUUGAGCGUGGUGACAAGUGCUUGGUUCGCCCAGAAGGAGUUUACGGAUACGGAAAUUCUGAAGAGGUUCCAGGAGAGCUUGAAAGAUGAGAAAGAAAGGGGCGUUGGGCUUGCUGAAGAAGAUAGGGAGGAAUAUUUGGGGAUGAGCUUGCGCGAGUUGGUGAGAGAAUUCAAGUGGCAGACAUUGGUGCUGUUUAAAUGUUGCUUGUUGCAGCCAAAGAUGCUCUUCUUUGGAUCCAGGUGUGAGAGGUUGUGCAUGAUGCAAUUCUCACUCAUAUCUUUGAUCCCAGGCCUCAUAAGAAACCUUCAGGACUGUGCAGAUCCCGAAAUGGAUAAUUACGAGAAGAAUUUGGUCAAAGCGACGAGUGUGAAACUGAGCGAUAGGAGUUCGUUACUAGCCUAUAUGGGUUUACCUUUACAAAUAUUUGGAAAGGGAAGUCUUUUUGGGCCUUAUACCCCUUUGCAACAACUCGAUAUGCUAGCAGACUACGGGACAAAGACAUACAUCGUAGGCUCUACAAACUCUCUUCUCCUGCAACAGAAAGAUCGUUAUAGCGAUAUUCUCGUCAACCUCGAUGAAAAUACAAUCAACAUCACUUCUGCGUCCUUGCGACAAGCGCUCACUCUCUCAGCUGCUGAUCGCCGCUGGAUGGACUUCCUGACACAAUCUGUGAACGACACUUGGGAUGAAACAAAUCCGGGCCGGCCAAAUACCAUGGGAUACGUCGGCUCAGAAGAAUUCAUUCGUCUACAAUUUGAAGAAUACCUUCUAUCACUAAUAGCCUCGGUAAAAUGUCACAAUUACCUAAACCACCACGCACACAACCCGAAAGUCACCCUGCCCCAAGUAGAAGGUGACCCCUCUCAAGAUUUUGGCGUUGACUGGAUCGAAGCCUGGACUCGGAGUGAAAAUUAUCGCAUCUGGGAACGGCAUACGGACUCAAAUCUCUUCGAUAUCGUCCCUCCUAAGCAUCCAUGCGCAGGUGGUCUUACAAUCGAUGAUGUGCAGCGCCGGAUUGCGGAGCAAGUCAAGGAAUUCCACCUCGAUGAGCGAUUUGCUGUUGGCAAGGAAGCUCUAGGUAGGAAUCUAGCUGCAGGGAGAGAGAAAGCAAACACGGUUUUCAACAGGUUAUACGCAGACAUGGAAGCUCUGAAAGAAAGCCAGAGGAAGAAACACGAAGAGGCCAGACGAGAAGCAGAGAGAAAUGGAACCACCCCUCCGCCCCAAGGUUUCCAAGCCCCGGAUCUCAACGGUGCCAAACAGACGGUUCAGAGCGUCGGCUCUAAAGCCGGUGCGUAUAUCGGUAGCUGGGGCACGUGGGUGGGCGAGAAGCGGAAGUCGGGAUGGGGGAGAAAUAGCACUUCGUCGGGGAUGCAAAAGGGGAAAGAGGACUGGAUAUCACGUCCACGCCCGACGUCUUACAGAAAUGAGAAAUCGGCGGCAUUGAUUAGCCCUGUGGACAAUCGGCCAAAUACACAGGACAGUUUUGAGGAGAGCAUCUUUGAUGCGGAUUCGAACCAUCAUACGCCUAGUCACAGCGUGGAGAUUAAAAAGGAGGAUCUGGUGUCUAUCCCGCAUCACUCCAAGUUUCAUGAGGAAGAUAUGGAUGAUGAGCCGGUCGUAGCGCCGUCUGAAGAGGCCAAGAAAUGGGCCGAGACAAUUCCGAAGAAAUACGAUGCAGCAGAUCGAUCUAGUGCGGUUGCAGAAGCAGUGGAAGAUGCCACCGCGACACCUAUAUCGCCAUGA